AUGCAAGGAGACGGCACUAUGACAGGUUUCACCGACGGGGAAGAAGUGUGGGAAGACGGUCUGUUGAACCACCAGUACCAAAGGUUAAAAUACCAGUACCAAAGCUUGAAGUACCACUGCCAAAGGUAGAAAUACCAGUGCCUGAAGUGGUGGUGCCAGCACCAGAGAUGGUGGAACCAGCAGGCGAUGUGUUAAGUUUAACGCCUGGGUCAGCUUUCAGUCCCGUUCAAGAGGAGAUUCUGAGGGCCCGUUUACGAACUUUCGAAAUCCGGAUAACUCAAGCCUGAGGUGAUAAUUAAUCAUUCCUCAACUAGCUAUAAUUACUAAAACAUCUGGACUUUCCGGGCUUAUCCUUUCCGGAUAAGUUUGGAGGGUUGGAGGCUGCCUCGGGCACAAUAGCUCACAGCAUGGUGUCAACUGACCUUACUUUUAUGAGAAAUCUAUUCAGAUUAAACACUUGAGUCUGCAAUUUCUUUUCGUCCAUGCCUUCGUCCAGUGACAUCGCUAGAGUAGUCCUCUCUUUAUAAAUUAUUAUAUUAUCAAAUUUUUAAGCCGAAUAUUAAGUUUAUUUUACAACGAUAUACUCCUGAACACAAUGGCUGCAGCUGAGCAGUGUGGGUGGACUGACGAAUCAACCCAAACGUUAAUCAGCAUAUGGGGAACGACAUCCAUACAAGAUGGUUUUGAUGGAACCCGACGGAACAACUCCGUUUAUAAAGAAAUCGCACAGAAGAUGCGGGAAAUGGGUUACAACUUUACACACGCACAGAUAGUAACCAAAUGCAAGAAUCUGCGCAAAAAAUACACCCAGGAAAAGGACUCCAAUGGAAAGUCAGGAAACCCCCCAACAGAAUGGCCGUAUUUUGAGAUGCUGAACGACAUUUUUGGCGAUAGACCCAUUUCUUGUCCACCACACACAAUUGACACGUCGUUGUCGGCUCUGAACACCAGUGGUAGUAGUAGUUCGUCAACUGAAAUGAUGGCUAACCUAGAUCUAAGUGGGAGUGAUGUUCCAGAGUCUACCCAAGGUGGUGCUAGUGCCAGUUCUGUUGAUGCAGACUUAUGGAGGGGUGCAGGAUCAACAGUCUCAAAGCGAAAACGAAAUGGUUCUCCACUGAAAAAGAGAGGCAAAAAAAACAAAACAAAAGCAGACACCAUAGUAUCAGGGAUCAGCAACAUGCUGGAAGAAUCUACUAAGAAGUUUGAGGAGAGUUUCUUCCAACAGCAGCAGUUGAUGUUGACAGAGCAGUUUAAAAUGGAAGAGGAAAUGCAAGAGAGGUAGGCACAAAGGGCACAUGAACGUCAGAUGGAAU